GGAGCGACUUGACCGACUCGCUUGCGCACGAGGUGUCUCAUCGCGAUGAUGAUGAUGACAGCUCCGAUCUCGCGACUGCGACAGUGGUGGGACGAAGCGAAGACGAAGAUGAUUGCUUCCCAUAAACGAUGCAUUCUCGCGCUCCUGCCAUUUUCUGUGAAUAUUCUGCCUUAUUUUUGAAUCAAUAAUUUACCGGGAGGACGAGAGUCCCCCCACUGCGUGAAACCGGUGAACGGAGUCAGUAGCCAUAAAGAGGAACAGCCAAAGCACCCUCUCCUUCUGAGUCGUGAGGUGACGAAAGUCGGGCAGUUAGAAAGAUGUCCCAAAAGAAGUUCUUCCUGGUCCUGCUGUUGAUCAGCAGUGUGAGCCUCCUGCUUCAUCGCGGUGGGCACUUCAGCUGGACUCUAAAGGCCUUCCUGGGCUGCCCCUCCUUGCGGCCCCACCCUUCCUCAGGGCUGAAGCCCAAGCACACGAGCAUCGGCUUCCUGAAGACGCACAAGACAGCCAGCACCACGGUGCAGAACAUCCUCUUCCGCUUCGCCGAGCGCAACAACCUGACGGUGGCGCUGCCGGUGCAGGCCUGCGACCACCAGUUCUGCUACCCGCGGCCCUUCAGCGGGCGCUUUGUGCACCCCCACACCCUCCCCGCCCGCAUCAUCUCCAGCCACAUGCGCUUCAACCUGACGGAGCUGCGCCGCGUCCUCCCGCCCGACACCCUGUACGUCACCAUCCUGCGUGAGCCCGCCGCCAUGUUCGAGUCCCUCUUCAGCUACUACAACCAGUACUGCCUGAGCUUCAAGCGCGUCCCCAACGGCUCGCUGGAGGCCUUCCUGGCCGCCCCCCGCCGCUACUACCGUCCCGAGGAGAAGGACUCCAUGUACGCCCGCAACACGCUGACCUUCGACCUGGGCGGGGACAAGGACCGGGCGCCGAGCGACACGGCCUACGCGGAGGCGUUCAUCGCGGAGGUGGAGCGGGUCUUCUCGCUGGUGAUGAUCGCCGAGCACUUUGACGAGUCGCUGGUGCUGCUGCGCCGUCUGCUGUCCUGGGACCUGGAGGACGUGCUGUACGUCAAGCUGAACAUGCGCACGCCCGGCUCCCGCCGCAGCCUCGCCGCCGGCACGCCCGCCCGCAUCCGUGCCUGGAAUGCGCUGGACGCCCGGCUCUACGACCACUUCAAUUCCUCGCUGUGGCGGCAGCUGGGGGCGCUGGGGCCGGCCUGCGUUGCCCGGGAGGUGCGUCUCCUCCGCCGGGCCCGGGACAGGCUGGUGAGGGGCUGUUUCGGCGGCCGCCUCCCUCAGCUCCGCCCCGCCGCCCAGAUCAGGAACAAGGAGCUGCGGCCCUGGCAGCCCAGCGCCCAGGUGGACAUUGUGGGGUACGACCUGCCGCCCAAUGGGUCCCGCGGUGGCGGGGGGGGCGGCAGCGGGGGGGGCCUGUCCCAGGACGCCUGCCUGAAGCUCAUCAUGCCCGAGGUGCAAUACUCCCGCCGGCUGCUGCGCUCCCAAUCCCUGCGGUACCGCCGGACCUACCCCAUGCGUGCCCCCCCGCCCCUGCGCCCUGCCCUGGCCCGGCACCGCCUGCCCGGGGGAGCCCUGCGAGAUGCCCCCGCCCCCUCUCUUACCCCACGGCCCGCCGGCGCCCAGGGCCGCGCCCGGGCCGGACUCCGCCUCUCGCGCCAGCAGCUGUCGUAGGGUCGACGCCCCUGGCAGCG